AUGUCAGAUUACAAAGAGAUGUUUUCGAUGAGUCGAGAAGGAGAAAGAGAAAGAAAGAGAAAGAGGCGUGGACGUCGGUCUGAUUACAAAAAGAAUGGAGCUAGGAAAGAAAGACAUGAUCUUGAGAUUUCUGAGCUGAAAUUAGUUGGUAGAAUGAAUAUUCCUCCAUUUAAGUUGGGUGGAAUGAAUAUGAUGAAAGAAAUUGAGGACAAAAGCAGUCUUAAAUAUCAACGUAUGACUUGGGAUUCCCUUAGAAAAAGUUUUAAUGGUUUGAUGAACAAGUUGAAUGUUACUAAUAUCAACAACAUUAUUCCAGAAUUUUUUAGUGAAAACUUGUUCAGGGGAAUUGGUCUAUUUUGUCGAUCAUGUAUGAAGUCACAGAUGGCAUCUCCAGGUUUUACUCAUGUAUUUGCUGCUCUUGUUGCUUUGAUCAACACUAAGUUCCUUCUAGUUGGUGAUCUUCUUUUGAGGGGGAUUGUAUUUCAGCUUAAAAGAGCUUACAAACGAAACGACAAGCCUCAACUCAUAGCUGCUGUCAAAUUCAUAGCACAUCUUGUCAAUCAGCGAGUUGCUCACGACCUUCUGGCUUUCGAAUUGCUAACUAUUCUAUUGGACCAGCCUACUGAUGAUAGUGUGAAAGUUGCUGUUGAUUUUGUCAAGGAAUGUGGCUCUAUCCUUCAAGAACUUUGUCCAAACGGUCUGUAUAGUAUCUUUGAGCGAUUCAGAGGGAUCCUGCACGAAGGCGAAAUUGACAAAAGGGUUCAGUUUCUGAUUGAAGACCUUUUCGCCAUCAGAAAGGCUGAAUUCUGUGGAUAUCCGGCUGUUCGGCCUGAAUUGAAUCUUGUGGAGCCAGAAGAUCAGUUCACUCAUGAGAUAUCACUGGAAGAUGAGAUAGAUUCUGAGACUGAUCUUGACAUUUUCAUGCACGACCCUGAUUUCUUCGAAAGUGAGAAAUCUUAUGAGGAGUGGAAGAAAUGUAUACUAGGAGUUGAGUCAGAAGAUGAGGCUGCUUCUGAUGCUCGAUCUGAUGAGGAAGAAGAAGACGAGGAAGAGGAUGAAGAUAACGAAGAGGAGCUGAUGCAAAUUAAAGAUGAAACAGAGACUAACCUUAUAAAUCUUCGAAGGACGAUAUAUCUAACAAUCAUGUACAGUGUUAAUUUUGAAGAAGCUAGCCAUAAGUUGCUAAAAAUCAUACUUGAACCGGGGCAAGAGAUAGAGCUGUGUAUAAUGCUGUUGGAGUGCUGCAGACAAGAGAGGAAAUAUCUCAGAUAUUAUGGUCUAUUAGGCCAACGCCUUUGUAUGCUUAACAAAGUACAUCAGGAGAAUUUCGAGAAGUGCUUUGUUCAACAGUACUCGAUGAUUCAUCGCCUUGAGACAAACCAGUUACGCAAUGUGGCCAAAUUCUUUGCUCAUUUGCUGGGCACUGAUGCUCUUCCUUGGCGCGUAUUAGCUUACAUACGUCUGACAGAGGAGGAUACUACUUCUUCGUCCCGUAUCUUCAUCAAGAUCCUCUUCCAGGAAUUGUCUGAGCAUCUAAAAAUCCGCCUACUCAAUGAACGACUUAAUGAUCCAACAAUGGUGGGACAAUUCGAGUCAAUACUCCCACGAGAUAAUCCUGAAAACACACGCUUCUCUAUUAACUUCUUCACUUCUAUUGGUCUAGGAGGUAUAAUAACAGAGAACUUGAUAUAA